AUGACCAACCUCCAUCCAAUUCCCACUGUCCUGUUAUGGGAGUGUCUGGCAUUGUAUCGAGCGGGUGCUGUCUUAGCCCUCCAACAUGAAAUGUAUUUGCAGAUAUGCUCAAAAUGGAAGGGACUUCUCACACAGGGCAUCCACAGUGCACACGGUCCUAAUGGGAUACCCGGAGAGGCCGACAUGAUUGCCGCUCAUUUCGUCGCUGUUGUCCAAGCAGAGGGGGCAUCACUCCGUCCCAACCUUAUCGACUUCUCCACGCAUGUAGCUGGCCCUUACCCUGAGCAGAAAAUCGCUCGCCAAGGCCACAAAAUAAUACCCUCAUUAAAUUUACAUUUGACACCCAUGGAGAAAGCCCACCAGUUCAACGAAUCCAAUUCUGAAGAUGGUUACGUGUGUUUUCGUCGACGAGAUGUCAAGUCAGUCCAUAAGACCCAUCGGAUGGAUACAACACCUGCCGAAAAGGUCUCAUGGCUACGGCAGGAGCUUAUCAAGGCGAAAGAUCUCGCUAACUUAACCGUUUUGCGUGAGGUCAAGAAGUUGGAGCUCAAUAAGGAUGUGCAUAGCGUUCUCGAAGCGAGGAUCAGGUUUAUCGAAUUGAAGAGGAAGCAUCCACAGUUCUCAUUGAGGACAGAUGACCAACUACUUGUGGACCCUGACCGCAUGUUGGCCAAGCGGCUGAAGAUGAUGUUGGAGCAGAAUAAGGAUCCUACAGACUUAAAUUCGCCCUAUCUGGCCCUUGAAGAGCAAGUGCAUCCACAUGAGCGUGCCGAGUCAUUCGCUAAGGAGAUCGAGCGCUAA